UUCAAAAGGUUCUUUAAAUUAAAGACAAUAGGAUUCAAAAGUUUCUUUUAUUCCUUAAAUUUUGUGUUCAGUCAAGAUGACACUGUUAAAGUAAUUUUUUUGCAUCCACCACCACCUUAGAUAAACAAAGGCAAAUACGUCCAUACACAAGGUGAUUUAGCACCGCUCUAAUCUCUAUGGCCAGCAAAUUCCAUCAUUAAUACUCUGAAGUCUGAAUAACUCCACCUUAAAUGGCUAUUUCAACAGAUUUAAGCACUUUAAACUCAGAAUUUGAAGCAAAACUCAGAAUUUGAAGCAAAACAAGAAGCAGAUGUUGCCUCAUCAAAAAGCCGUAAAGAGUUCUUUCCUAUGCUAAUUGCCAGAUACCAUCACCAGCAAUCUCACUUUUGUAUUACAACAGAAGGAUCACUCAAAGUCUCUCAAGUCUAUAAAAAACCAAAACCAACAGGAUUUGGAAGCUUAUAGGAUAUCUGUAGUUCUGUACAUCAUGUCUUCUUUGGUCUGGGUACUUCGAGUUUUCAUCAGAGAAUUUUGUAAGAUCAUGGACAUUUGUAUUGAGAAGGUAUCUGACGUUUCUAUUGAGAAAGUAAUUGAUUUUGGCAUAAAUGAUUUUAGAGGUAUUAGUGACUUUGAUGAGAAUUUGGAAACUCUGGAAAGAAAUAUAAAGCAAUUAUCAGAUAAAGCAGUCGAUGUGAAGAUAGAGGUUGAGACAGGAGAGCAAUUUGGGAAGAAGAGGAAAAGAGAAGUUAAUUCUUGGUUUAACAAUGUUUUGAUUGUCGAAGAAGAAUUAAUUGCCUUAAAAGAAGAAGUAACAAGAGGGGAGAUAAAUCCAGGUGCUUUGGAGAAGAUGACUGCAAGGGCUGGAGAACUUCUUGAGCAAAGAAAACAUUUUGGAACCCUCGUACAUGAUGUUGUGUAAAAGACUAAUAGUAUAAAAGACUUUACACUAUAUGUCACUUAGGGUUCUAUUGUAUGGUAUCAUAUAAUUAUUUUGAUUAUUACCUAAAUUUUAUUGUUUCAUACCGUUAAGUUCAUUAUUACAUAAUGAUGAAAAGAGCCAUUUCACGUAA